CCCUAAUCAACUCACUCGCCUUCCAAGAACACAGCCAGAUUCUCCAAGUUCAUUUGUUUUUCAUUUCAACCCUCCAUGGCUAGUGUUAAGCUCGUUUGUGGUCUAAUCUUGUUCAUGUUAGUGGUUGAACCGAUGGCCACGACCGCCUUAACAUGCGGAGACGUGGCGGGACUGGCGGCCGGAUGCUUAGGAUACUUGCAGAACCGAGGUGGAAGAAGGCCGUCGAGUGCUUGCUGCAAUGGUGUUAGGAACCUCAACAGGCGAGCUAGAACCACCCGUGACCGACGAACCGUGUGCCGGUGCUUGCAAACCGCCGCCAGGACCAUCUCCGGUGUUAAUUACCGAUUAGCUGAGAGUCUUCCUGCUAGAUGCGGUGUUAGAAUUCCUUUCAAGAUCAGCCCCUCUACUAAUUGCAACAGGGUGAGAUGAGAUGGAUGAAGUAAUUUGCAGCUUGCAGGAGAUACUAUAUAUAUAUAUAUAUAUAUUAUAUGGGGG